AUGUACAGCCAGCACCCGGAGCAGUAUGAGGCCCCUGAUAAGGACUUCAUGAUCGUGGCCCUGGACCUGCUGAGCGGCCUGGCCGAGGGCCUGGGGGGCCACGUGGACCAGCUGGUGGCCCGCAGCAACAUCAUGACCCUGCUCUUCCAGUGCAUGCAGGACACGAUGCCUGAGGUGAGGCAGAGCUCGUUUGCACUUCUGGGAGACCUGACCAAGGCCUGCUUCCCUCACGUCAAGCCCUGCAUCGCGGAGUUCAUGCCGAUUCUGGGCACCAACCUGAACCCCGAGUUCAUCUCUGUGUGCAAUAACGCCACCUGGGCCAUCGGGGAGAUCUGCAUGCAGAUGGGUGCGGAGAUGCAGCCCUACGUGGGGUUGGUGUUGAAUAACCUGGUGGAGAUCAUCAACCGACCCAACACGCCCAAGACCCUGCUGGAGAACACGGCCAUCACGAUUGGACGCCUGGGCUACGUGUGUCCCCAGGAGGUGGCUCCCAUGCUGCAGCAGUUCAUCCGGCCCUGGUGCACCUCAUUGCGGAACAUCAGAGACAACGAGGAGAAAGACUCGGCCUUCCGCGGGAUCUGCAUGAUGAUUGGUGUUAACCCUGGGGGCGUGGUCCAGGACUUCAUCUUCUUCUGCGAUGCCGUGGCCUCCUGGGUCAGCCCGAAGGACGAUCUGAGAGACAUGUUCUAUAAGAUCCUCCACGGCUUCAAGGACCAGGUGGGCGAGGAGAACUGGCAGCAGUUUUCGGAGCAGUUCCCGCCCCUGCUGAAGGAGAGGCUGUCAGCCUGCUAUGGAGUGUAGGCCCGCCCCCCGCCAACAGACGCUUGUGUCAGGAUUCUGGACGGGAAGGUUAUCGGGGGAAACUCAUCCAGCUCUGUGUUUUGCACUGCCCUGGUCAGGGGGGGGGGAAGAAGGGACCCUUUAGACCUGCUUCUCCAGACUGACCCCACACCCUGUGUGUCUCUGUGGG